AUGUCGUGGCUGGAUCACCGGCGUCUCGAGAGCGCUGCUCCAAGCGAGCGACGACAUAUCACGGACAAAUCCCCAAACGGGGUUGGUGGUGGAGCCGGCGGCAAGCAGCGGCGGUCGCGGACCAACUUCACGCUGGAACAGCUGGGCGAGCUGGAGAGGCUGUUCGACGAGACGCACUACCCAGACGCCUUCAUGAGGGAGGAGCUCAGUCAGCGACUCGGGCUCAGCGAAGCGAGGGUGCAGGUGUGGUUUCAAAACAGACGAGCGAAAUGUCGGAAGCACGAAAGUCAAAUGCAUAAAGGGCUGCUGGUGAGCGGCGGCGGGACCCCGCUGGAGCCGUGCCGCGUGGCGCCGUACGUGUCGGUGCCGCGGCUGUCGGCCGUGCCGCGCCCGCCGCCGCCGCCGCUCGCGCCGCACCCCUCGCCGCCCGCCGCCUUCGCCCCCUUCGACUCGGCGUUGCUCUCUGCUGCGGCACACCAGCCGCACUCCUCGCCGCCCGCCGCCUUCGCCCCCUUCGACUCGGCGUUGCUCUCUGCUGCGGCACACCAGCCGCACCCCUCGCCGCCCGCCGCCUUCGCCCCCUUCGACUCGGCGUUGCUCUCAGCUGCGGCACACCAGUACGCCAGCGCGGCAGCGGCGGCGGCGGCAGCUCUGUGCCCGCCGUACGCCGGACUGGCGGCGUUGGCGGCGCGCUGCCGCUCGUCUUCCAUCGCCGACCUGCGGCUCAAGGCGCGCCGCCACGCCGCCGCCAUCGCCGCCGCGCGCGCGCCCUCGCCGCCCGCCGCGCCGCCCGCCGCUCCCGCCUCCGCCGACACAUAG